GUCGGGCAGUCAAGGCGUCAUGCCCAUCCAGUCCAUCAUGUUGCGCCCGUCGCUAUUACGCUCUCGCUUCGUCAGACCCGCCGGUCUCCUGCGUUCUCGCCCCCUUUCCUCCGCUUCUCCCGCUCCCCCGUUGAUUCGCAUUCAAAACGGCACCUUCUAUCAAAGCUAUCCCACCCCCGAGGACGCCGCCACAGACCAGAAUCCCCCACUGUUCCCCGACUUCAGUUUCGAGCUCCCUUCUCAACCGGUCACCUCCCUAGAUGUCAAUGGCAACGAGGCCCCGCAGCAAUGGGCCAUCAUUGGCGCGUCCGGCCGAACCAACCUCCUCGACAUUUUCCGCGGCCAGCACGUCUGCCUGCCACCUGCCGCCCGAUCCUACCCUUACCUCCUCACGGACAAGAUUGCCCAGAAGGACCCGCGACUGCGCUUUGUCGGCAAUGCCAUCCAGUACGUUGGCUUCAGCGGGGAGGGGUCCGGCGCCAUCGGGGGCACCCGCGGCGCAUAUCUGAGUGCGCGCUACGAGAGUCAUCGGGAAGAGACCGACUGGACGGUUCGCCAGUACCUCAAGGGACAGACGUCGCUGAACCCGAUGGAAGGCGAGGAGGAUGGCACGCGGCGGGAUCCAGGUCUAUUUGACCAGGUCGUGGCGGAUCUGCGCCUGAACCCCCUGCUGGAUAUGCCCGUGUCAAAUUUGAGCAACGGCCAAACGAGGCGUGCCCGCAUUGCAAAGGCUCUUCUCGGCAAGCCAGAACUCCUGUUGCUAGAUGACCCGUUCAUGGGCCUCGACCCCGCCACCGUCCGAAGCAUCUCCGGCUUGCUGCAACGCCUCGCUGCCAAGUCCAACCCCCGACUGGUCCUCGCCCUGCGACUGCAAGACCCUAUGCCGGAGUGGAUCACGCACUUGGUGUUUGUCGGACACAAGAAUCAAGUCCUCUUCCAAGGCUCCCGAUCGGAAGCACAGAAGGUCUUCGGCAUCUGGCAAAACGCCGGCAACCCGGCCAAGCCCAUCAAGACGGCAUCGGGCACAAAAGCGAUCUACGAGAAGGCCAAGCGAGACAUCGCGGCGGGCUAUCUCGAUAAAUCCCUUCUGUGGGACAUGCAGCCCCCGGUCCUGGGGAGAUCGACCGCCCUGUGGAAGGAUGAGAGGCGGUUCGGGGAGGCGCUCAUCGAGAUGGAUGGGGUUCGCGUGCAGUACGGCGAUAAGGUGGUCCUCGGCGAUUGGAAGCAACAGGUCCAUGGCGCAGAAAAAGACGGCCUGCACUGGACCGUUCGUCGCGGUCAGCGCUGGGUCGUGCUGGGCGCCAACGGGUCCGGCAAGACCACCCUGCUGUCGCUCAUCACCUCGGACCAUCCUCAGGCGUACGCGCAGCCCGUCAAGCUCUUCGGACGCUCGCGUCUGCCCGAGCCGGGCAAGCCGGCCAUCUCCCUCUUCGAGCUGCAGUCGCGACUCGGGCAUUCGUCGCCGGAGAUCCACGCCUUCUUCCCGCGCCAGCUGACGGUGCGCCAGUCCAUCGAGUCCGCCUUCGCCGAGACCUUCCUCGGCAAACCCAAGCUGAGCCAUGAACGGGACCUCGACGUCAGCGCCGUGCUGCGCUACUUCAAAGCCGAGCUGGACCCCAACUCCUCCGCCACGGCGACCGCCCAGGAACCGCCGACGGUAUCGCCCGACAUACGGGACCAGUUCCCCAAGCUGGACUACAAGAAGCGCUACGGGUCUUCAUGGACCCCGGACGACUACGAGGUCGACUACGCCGACUCGUUGACGUUCGGGCAGCUGAACACGGCCCAGCAGCGACUGGUCCUCUUCCUGCGCGCCAUCGUGCACCGACCGGACAUCAUCAUCCUCGACGAGGCCUUCUCCGGCAUGCCGGCCUCGCUGCGCGACAAAUGCACCCACUUCCUCGAGGUCGGCGAGAGCGGCCGCGGUCGCAGCUCGACCAUGACACGCCGUACCCACAUCACGGACACCUGGCUGCAAGGGUACAAGGCCGCCGACCGGUCGAUUCGCUACAAGGGGAUCACCCACGAGCAGGCGCUCGUCAUGAUCAGCCACACGCGCGACGACGUCCCCGACAGCGUGCGCCACUUCAUGCGUCUGCCGUCCGAGUCCGACGGCGGCGAGGAACCGCUGGAUUUCCGCUUCGGAAUGCUCUACCAGGAAGGCAACAUGCGGGAUCGGGAAGUCUGGGACGUCGCGUGGUUGCCGCCGUCCGAGUUCACAGAGAAAGCUCGACGCACGUGGCGCCGCCGGUCUAAAAACGAGGACGACGAACUUGAGGAUGAUCAGGUAUAUGAAUGGUGGUCGAUAUAGAGGUGUAUAUUAUGUACGAUCUGUUGGAUUUCAAGCUAGACCAUGUCCCACGGAGUAGAUCUCGGAGGGUAUCGUCGGGAUCCCAAUCCGGUAUAGAAUAACCUCAUCGGCGUCCCGAUCUGGUAAGCUCCAC